AUGCUUUGCUUUGUGGGCACCACUCCCAGUCCUGCUGCUGGAAGCACUCCGCUGAAGCAGUCUUUGCGGGCACCGGCCGUGCAGAUGGAGGCACGAGGUGGUGGUGAGGGUGCCCUUGGCGACAUGAGUCCCGACACCUACAUCAUUGGCAUCACUGCCAUCGAGAUGGAUUCCGACCACAUGUUUCACCUGAACUUUGCCAUAACUUUGUUCAACCAUGGAGAGCUCACAGAGGCCAAGCGGCAGUUUGUGCUGUUCAACGAUUUGUUCCAGCAGCUGGAUGAAGAGCAAAGGAACUCAGACCCAGAGGUGAAUGAGCAGAGACAGCUCCUUCAGGGAGUACUGAACGGCCUCCGUGACGGCAUGGUGAAGAGAGCUUUGUGCGUUGGGUGCAACUACCCGAGCAAAGCCUUCGGACUGGCGGGAGCGGUCAAUGAUGCCUUCCUCAUUGCAGAGACUUUGCAGGCGCAUAUGGGUUUCCGGCACGAGAAUGUCUGUGUUUUGCACGACGUCUACCCAGGGCAGAAGAAGUCCUUGAAGGUGGAGCCUGCGAAGUCGCCCACUCGUGUGAACAUCUUGCAGCAGUUGCAGCAGAUUGUCCGGCAGACACGACCAGGUGAUGUGCUGUUCUUUUCCUUUUCAGGCUACGGUCUUCAGGUGGAUGAUAUGGAUGGCUAUCAAGAUGAAGGUUAUGAAGAAGCCAUCCUCCCCACGGAUUUCGUGGAUGGUCGUGACGGUGACUACAGCGUCAUUUGCACCAACGAUUUGCAUGAUGUCCUCCUUGGAGUGCCACAGAAUGUGAUCGUCACUGCAGUGAUGGACUGCGAUCAUGCGACCACACUGAUUGAUAUCGGUGGCACUCUGGAUGGCUCUUUGGUGAGUGGGCUGAAGUACAGCAGUUUCUGCGGCUUACAGGCCCACUCUACCAAAAUGAUGCUUGCAAACCAUGAGCGGGGCGUGUGGCAGGAAGAGAAAGCUCGUUCAGUAGCUGCACGUCCACGUUUUCAGCCUGUGAUGGAGAUCGACAAUCCUCGAAGGGGCAGGCUUCCAACCAGGCCAGCCAUGUCUCGUUCGUCCUCCAUUGCCUUCUGCUACUCAGCUGCCGGGCACGGCCAGACGGCAAUGGAAAUGAAGAUGACAACGCCAAGUGUGGAUGGGCAAGAGCCAACUGUAAAGCAGCAUGGAGUUCUAUCCUGGUGCUUUGCAAAGGCUUUGGAAGAGUUGAAUUUCAGCGGCACGUAUUUCGAACUACAGGAGGAGAUUCAGCAGCAGAUGAAGCAAAUCAAAGCAACUUCUUUACCUCGCAUGGAUCAGGAAGUUUUGCUCACCUUUUCCCUCCCAUUGUCAAAACCAAGAACAAUGAAGAUCCUGCAACCAAUGGAGUCCGUGCAUGCACCCGAUCGGGGCAUCAGCACCCAAAGCAUGCGCCUGGCAGCGCCUGCUGUUGUGCCUCCCCCGCCGCCUGGAUUUUUGACAGGGAGUGGAAGUGCUGUCACCUCUCGACAAGUCUCAGAAGACAUCCCAUCAGCUCAAUCAAGACCAGCUUGGUCAGAACUGGUGCAUCACAAUGUCGAAGGCCGUGAAGGUUCCUUCAAAGUCCAAGGGACCAGCUAUGCUCCGCAGCCCCGAGACUAUGAGAAGACUGGGCCUGCUAACGGAUGGGGCAACAAGUCAGCAGCGCCAACAGAACCUAAGUUUCCAGCGCGACAAGUCGACAUUAUUGGCGGACGCUCAGAUGCGCGGGACCGGCACUUGCCGGCGCCUCCACCACCGCUGUCAACACUCAGUUCGCGGCCGGCUACAAGCCACCCUCCGCCGGACAUCUCCAACUGGCCCUCCCCGCGGUCGCCUAACCAGCAUGAGCUGCAGCAGCAGCAGCCAUAUCCUGGACAGCCGAGAGACCAGCGAGGUGUUCCAGUUCCAGGCUUGACGGCCCCAAAUCUCUUUGGCAAUGCUGGGCCUCCUGCGUUGAGUUUCAACGUUCCAGGCUAUGGCACUUUGGCACCACAGGCGAUGGGCAAGCAGCCGCAAUCGCGAAUGCCGUGGUCAUCACCAUUGUUCACUCGGUAAAUGGACACUUCCUUUGGAUCAGAGGGAAAAAGCAUGCAUGGGCGCGGAAGAUAUGGAGGAAAAUUGAAAAGCAACAAAAGCAUGCAAGUGCAAUAAAGGAC